AUGCUCUCAAAAACGAAUAGAGGAAUUCAACUCAGAAUAAGAUCAGCUAGUAAAGCUCUCUUGUCGUACACAAAUAAUGGAGCUAAACGAAAUGUUGUUGAUUCAGCACUUAUUCUGAGUCGAGAUUUGUACAAGGAGAAUCCUCAAAUCAAUUCACACAAGAAAAUACCUUAUCAAGGAGUAAGACCGUCUUUCUACAGAAGAGCAGCUACCGAUUUUGAUUCUGAAUAUUUGGAUCGAAAGGGACUUGGAAAUAACAGGAUUCUAGAGGUUUUAGAUCUGGAUGAAGACUUUGAGUCUAAAAUAUCCCCCAGGGCGGAACAUAUCCAGCAGUUUGUGGGAGAAGAAUUUCCAUUGUCAUUGAAUGAGAAGCUUAGCAUACUAUGUGGUCUUUCAAAUUUUUCCUUAGUCCUUGAACAAAGAGGUAAGUAUGAUGCAACCCUGUUUGAUAAAACGCCAAGUAACGUCUCUAGUCAGGGAUUGUUUCCUGAGGUAAGAACAGGUGAAGAAUACACAACAGAAAAGCUUCGCUCUAUUGGCAAGACUAUAUUUGAUCUUCAUCUUGGACUUAGUACCGUCUUUACGGAUGAAAAGUAUCUUUCGCUUCCGUCUGAAAGUUUGGAACAGACUAUGAACUUAUUCAAUGACGAAGAGAAAAUAAUACCAUUAUUUAUGAAACGUAAUUAUAUUUACGAUUGCAUACUUCCUUAUCAGGGUACUACGAGGAGAGGCGUGAUUCAUUCGAGUGAAAAGUAUACAGAGAAAAAAAAGAAAAUCCAAGAUGUCACUUCAAUAGGAAGCUUUUACACUAUGAUUGGAUUAUUAUCGGUAAAGUUCAAUAUGGAAGAUAUGUUAGACAAAGUGGUUUAUGGUAAAAUUAUUAACGGACAGGCAGGUUUGGUUACUCUUGCAACCGAAACACUAACGAAACUAAGAACCUGA